CACCUGAGCUCCUCCGACGAGAAGGGAAGCCGCCCUCCGUGGCCGUUGUACUUGCACGUCAAGAUGGAAAACGGUGAAGAUUCCGAGUUCAGCGAUGCCGGAUUCCAGGAGUCCCCGCAAGAGAGACAGCAGGACCUUGAUUUGGGAGCGACUGUCCUUCCUCCACCCGCUGGACGACAACAACAACAACAUGCCUCAGACACCGCACAGCGCCGGAGGCUACAACAAAAACUUUUACCAGGCCAAGGAGGAGCUCUAUUCUGGACUCUACUACCAUGACAACAACCUGGCAUCCGGAUCCUUGGAGGCCCUCAUACGGCACCUGCUGCCCACAGUCGACUAUUAUCCAGAUAGGACCUACAUCUUCACAUUCCUGCUGAGCUCUCGCCUCUUCAUCCAUCCGUACGAGCUCAUGUCCAAAGUGUGCCACCUGUGCGUGGAACAGCAACGACUCGGCGAUCCCCAAGCGGAGAAGAUACGCCUCAGGAAGAUCGCUCCAAAGAUCCUCCAGCUGUUGACGGAGUGGACGGAAACCUUCCCUUACGACUUCCGGGACGAUCGGAUGAUGCGCAGCCUGAAGGACCUCACGCAUCGGCUCUCCACUGGAGAUGAGAUUUACAGGAAGGCGGCGAGCCAGCUGAGCCAAGGUUUGAUCCGGAGGCUGACGGUCCUCAGCCAGUACGAGGAGGCCCUGGCCAAGAUCAACGCCACGGUGGCUGAGCGCCUCACCGUCCUCAAGGCCAAAGCCCACGUCCACAGGGACAUCCUGUCCAUCUGCAACGACCCCUUCACCCUGGCCCAGCAGCUGACCCACAUAGAACUGGAGAGACUCAGCUACAUCGGCCCCGAGGAGUUUGUCCAGGCGUUCGUCCAGAAAGAUCCGGUGGACAACGACAAGGGCCACUUCAGUGACCGCAAGAAGGCCGCCAACCUGGAGGCCUACGUGGACUGGUUCAACAGGCUCAGCUACCUGGUGGCGACGGAGAUCUGCAUGGGGUGUGUUGCUGCGCAUGGAAUUGGAUUCCUCCAGGUGUUUGACACGCUCUUGUGAUAUAUAUCUCUAUUUUUGUUUUUGUUCAUGCCAGCUGGGAUGAAUAUGAGUCCCGUGUCCCGCCUGAAGAAGACGUGGAGCAAAGUGAAGACGGCCAAGUUUGACAUCCUGGAGCACCAAAUGGAUCCUUCCGGAAACUUCUACAACUACAGGACGGCGCUGCGCGGCGCCACCCAGCGCUCCAUCACUGCCAACAGCAGCAGGGAGAAGAUGGUGAUCCCGUUCUUCAGCCUGCUCAUCAAGGACAUCUACUUCCUCAACGAAAGCUGCGCGAACCGACUGCACAACGGGCACAUCAACUUCCAGAAAUUGUGGGAGUUGGCCAAGCAAGUGAGCGAGUUCAUGAGCUGGAAGGCCGUCCAGUGUCCCUUCGACAAGGACCGCAAGAUUCUGCACUAUCUGCUCACCGCGCCCGUCUACAGCGAAGACGCGUUGUGUCUGGCGUCGUACGAGAGCGAAGGUCCCGACAACAACAUCGACAAGGACCGAUGGAAGUCGCUUCGAUCCACGCUGCUACAUCGAGCAUAAGCAUGAAGACGACCCGAGAUGUCAUCCCCCAAAAAGAAAGGAAGCAAAGUGUCCUCCGCAAAAGCCCCUCGAUGCGUUAGCGCGCAUGGCUACGUUCGCUAACGGCUGCUUUUUCACCUCUUUGGAAGACUUUUCUAGUCUGCUUUUUGACAAGCUUUAUCGCUUUGCCAAGGGCGGAGCCGCACGCUAGCUGCUGGUUAGCUAGCGCGGGCCAAGCCGCUACAGCUAAAACCAAGGCCGGCUGUUGUUUUUGGCGGUUACCGUUUUUCGAUCAACGAAAUGCGCGGGCUGCAUUUCAGAGACGCCUUGGAUGCUAACCUAGCAUGUUAGCGUCACAACACAGUGGAUAAGCUUGAGCAUCUUGAUGCCAAUUGUGGUGGUCGUGUUUUCCGCCGGCUCGUUGAGUUGUUGGGAAAACAUCAUUGAUGUCAAUAAAGUUUUAUUUAUGCAUCUUGAUGUGGAGUUACCAUGUUGCCAUUGACCUUAUUUAUGACCUCAAAUGGGAGAUUUUGCGUUCACGUUCGAAUUCCUGUGAAGUUUGUCAUGUUUUUGUGUUUUCUCUUCAUUAUCCUCACUAACGCAUAAAUGAUUUUGUUGUCACCAAGAGAGUUAUUAAAGAAAAAAGAUGAAAUUACUUUUUAGUGGUGGUGUUAUUAAAUGGUAUAGUUUAGAACAGGUACAUAUAAUUAUACAGCCAGUCGUUUUUUUUUUUUUCGUUUUAUCUUCAUAUUUUACAGUUUUAACGGUGAUCAUAAAUAUUUUACUUGUUUA